UUCAAAAAGUGGCGCGAAUGCGAUUGUAAUAUAAUCUUGAAAAAAAAUUAGUAGAAAUUGAUUCGAUAGCGAAAAAAUGAAGCAGUUAGAAUUUAAAAGGCUGUUAGAAAUAAAAAGUCUUAGAAGAAAUCAAUCGUCAAGAUCUUCAAGCUAUUAACAUGUAUAUUGACAAGCUCAAUUUAAAAAUUUCGCGCCACUGCAUCUCGCGCGUAAAAUGUCUAGAUGGAGUUUAAAUACAAGUUUCUACAGUUUUCUACAGUUCCCUGUUUCAGUUUUUUUUAUAAUUAUAACAAAUCUCCAAUCUUGUUCUCAAGGUUGAUGUAUACAUAAUAAUAAAAAUUGUUUAUAAAAAAACCGGAAAUAACAAUAAAAAAAUGAAUUGGAUAAAAUGGGCACUAAUAAAUCCUCAUUUAAUUACUGGAGCAGGCGCGUACGUGAACAAUGUAAACAAAAGACUAUUUUUUAUUUCACGUGUUCUGGAUAAGGGAAAAGAAAAAGGUGACAAGAAAAAAAAAUUUGAUAAAGCUCAGCCCAUUGAUCUACUUGAAGCAAAACAGAUACUAAAUGUUGACAAGUACACGUCGCAGUUGGAUUACGCGCUCGAGGACAUGAAAAAUAAUUUUAUAAAACAUCUCACCCUGAGAUCGGCUGCUGGAUCUAUCGAUCAUGUCCAAGUUACUUUUGAAGGGGAAGAAUAUUUGCUGCAGGACCUCACGCAAAUUGCGCAUAAGCCGAAGAUGGUUGUGUUGAAUGUGACAACUUUUCCGCAGGCGAUUCCAAAUAUUUUGGAGGCUUUAAGUAAGAGCGGGUUGAAUUUAAAUCCACAGCAGGAUGGAACAACUUUAUUUAUACCUAUUCCGAAAGUCACGAAAGAACACCGCGAGGGUUUGUCUAAGAAUGCCAAGGCAUUGUUCAUAAAAUGCCGGGAUAAUAUCAAAGAUAUAAGAAAUAAAGAAAUUAAAAAUCUUAAAAAAGUUUCAUCGGUUAAUGAAGAUCAAAUCAGAAGAGUACAGAGUCAGCUGGAGGCACUUUGUGAUAAAUAUAUCAAGCAAGCUGAGAGUAUGCUUGAUACUAAACAGAAAGAACUUCUAAAAACUGAUUAAUUUUUAUUGUUGAAAUAGUUAUUAAAUAAAUUCAUUAUUUGUAUUAUUAAUUUUUAAGUAAUUCUGUAAAUAAAUGAUUUUUUUCCAUUUAA